AUGUCUGAUGAUGCAGAUGCAGAUGGCGUGAUAAUCCUUCACAACGAUGCGUUGGUAAUAUCUUUACUUGUACAUGAUACUAAUGUGAAACGAGUUUUUAUUGAUCCAGGUAGCUGCAUAAAUAUUAUUCUUUUGACGGUUGUAAAUGAGAUGCAAGCUGAUGACAAGAUGGUGCCCAAAGAACAUACCUUAUCUAGAUUUGACAAUUCAAGCAUUGUCACAAAAGGGGAAAUAGUUCUUACCACAUUUGCAGAAGGAGUUCUCAAGGAUACGAAAUUCCAGGUGAUAGAUACGGACAUGGCUUAUAAUAUGAUUCUUGGCAGGCUGUGGAUUCAUGAUAUGGAUGUUGGACCAUCUACUUUACAUCAAGUUAUUAAGUUUCCUUCGCAAUGGGGGAUUCGACAAAUCCGUGGAGAUCCG